AUGGCCAUCUUCAAGGAUGCUGAAGGGCCUCCCACAGAGGAGAGCGUAGCCUUGUUCUUGGCUCCUCCAGGGCAGAUCUGGGGCCCACCGAGGCGGAGGGGGGCUGAAUUUCCUUCAGUGAAACGGCUGCUGAAUGAGAGUGACAAGAGACCCUUCAUCGAGGAGGCCGAGCGCCUAAGGAUGCAACACAAGAAGGACCAUCCUGACUACAAGUACCAGCCGCGGCGCAGGAAAAAUGGGAAGGCAGCCUCCGGCGAGGGGGAGGCUCCUGGUGAGGGGGAACCUGGAGGGGCGGCCGCCAUCCAGGCCCACUACAAGAAUGCCCACCUGGACCACAGGCACCCCGGCGAGGGCUCCCCCAUGUCUGACGGGAACCCUGAGCAUUCCUCAGGCCAGAGCCACGGCCCCCCCACCCCUCCGACCACCCCAAAGACAGAGCUGCAGUCGGGCAAGGGCGACUCCAAGCGGGACGGGCGCUCGCUGGGGGAGAGUGGGAAGCCCCACAUCGACUUCGGCACCAUGGACAUUGGUGAGAUCAGCCACGAGGUGAUGUCCAACAUGGAGACCUUCGACGUGGCCGAGUUUGACCAGUACCUGCCCCCCAACGGACACGCCGGCCACCCCGGGCACGUGGGGGGGUACGCCACGGCCGGCUACGGGCUGGGCAGCGCCCUGGCGGUGGCCAGCGGACACUCGGCCUGGAUCUCCAAGCCGCCCGGCGUGGCCCUGCCCGCCGCCUCGCCGCCGGGCGUCGACGCCAAGGCCCAGGUGAAGACGGAGGCCUCGGGCCCCCCGGGCCCGCCCCACUAUGCUGACCAGCCGUCCACCUCCCAGAUCGCUUACACGUCCCUCAGCCUGCCCCACUACGGCUCCGCUUUCCCUUCUAUCUCUCGCCCGCAGUUCGACUACUCCGACCACCAGCCCUCGGGACCCUACUAUGGCCACUCGGGCCAGGCCUCGGGCCUCUACUCGGCCUUCUCCUACAUGGGGCCCUCUCAGCGGCCGCUCUACACCGCCAUCUCUGACCCCAGCCCCUCGGGGCCUCAGUCCCACAGCCCCACGCACUGGGAGCAGCCCGUGUACACAACGCUCUCCAGACCCUAGAGGGGUGCUGGGAGCCCUCUUGGAGGCCUUCGGGAGGCUGCCCCUCCUCCUCAGCCCCCUACCCUCUCUGCCACGGGCCACAGAACUGGUAGGGGUUGUGGAGGCCCAGCCUCCUUCCUUCUGCCUCCCUCUUACCUCCACCACGGUCCCCCCGCGCCUCCCCUGGCCUCCGCGGGGCCUCGUCCGUCCAGGACCUCAGUGGGAUACUCUCGUGCUGGCCCGGAAUGGCUGAGGGCGGGCCCUAGAGGCCACUCCCUUUGAGGCAGGCCUUCUUCCCUCCCCGGAGCCUACGGACUUUGCUUAUUUCCACUGGACAGGGAGGACGUCCGUCCAGGGUCCCAACACGGCCUUGCGGUAGCAGCCCAAUACUCAGGGCUGGCCAGAGACCUGAGAAACUGACCACACCGGCCGAGACGACUGUGGGGGAGGCAGAGACCCUCUGAGGGCCGUGUGGGUCAGCCACGAGGGGCAAAGGAUGGAGGGCCGGUGCCUCGAGGCCUCCCUCUCCCCACCAAAUGGCCGAUGGGGCCCUCCUGGGAGAGAUUCCGUCCCCUCCCCGCCUAGCCACGCAAGGACCAGAGACUCCCGUCCUCCUUCCUUCCACCGUCUUUGUUAAAUGAACUGGAGGCUGCGCCCCAAGCAGCGAUGGGGAAAGUGGCUGGCGGGGAGGUGGGGGGACAAUGAAUGAAGGGGGUGCUCACCGGUCAUUCCUGUCCCUCCCCCGACGCCUGCCCAACCAGCUGCCCAUCCCAUGUCCCCCUUCUCUUCCCCUCUUCCCUGACCACGUCCCAGGCCCCUGGACUCCCAGAGUGGAGAGCUCACGCCUACCUCCCGCCACAGCUUAGCUCCCCAUCCCAGGAGAAGGCAACGAGCUCUGUGGCCCAGCAGCCAGGACCUCCCUAAGACACCAAAAUAUCGAUAUGUACAUCCUCUUCCCCUCUGCCACUGGCCCUCUCCAGCCCCCAAAGCCCACCCCCAUCCCUGGUGUUUGAAUAAAAUAUGUAGCUGCGUCUGCCCCUCAUCCCCGGCCCCAGCCCCACCGUCCACGUAUAACACAUUAUUGCCCCUUCCCCCUAUUUAUCUCAGUAGCCCCCUGCCCGUCCCCCUGCCUAGCCCCUAUUAACUCUGCAUUAAGCAAUCCAGAAUAAUAAAAUUAAAGGUUUC